AUGGUUGAGCUGGCCUUUGAAACGGGUCAGGAGGCCAAGGCCAACUCGUAUUUUACCCUCGCCAUCUCGCAGCACCGUGCUCUGGCGUCGGAUGUUAAGCUACUUGGCGUUAUUGCCCGUUUUCAUGCCGCAGACGGUGACUGGGAAGCUGUACGCGCUGAUUUCGAAGCAAUGGAGCAAAAUAGGAAAGCAAGUCGGCAAGUCUACGGCCAGGUCUUUGUCCCAGUGCUCAAAUCGUACGCCGAAACGCAUACGGUCCGGGAGACGGAGGCGUUUCUCAGAUUCUAUAUCGACGAGCUGGAGGUGCCGUUAACCAGCUUCAUGGUUACCGUCAUGGCCAAACAGUACGCGGCCAUCCGCGACGUCAACUCGUUGAUUGCCUGGCUCGACUACUGCAGUCAAGCAGAUUUUCGCGUUGAUGCUGCCUUCACCAACGCCAUUCUGGUGAGGUGCCGAAGACAGUGGAACUUCCCGUUCCGGGAUCUCCGCACGCUCUUCCGGAAACUCCAGGCCCUGAACCCGGACUGUAUAGACAAGCACACGGAGCAAAUCAUGGCCGACGCUGCGUUGUCGGAUUCCAAAUACGGCGGCAAGGCGGCGAGAGGGCGGCUGCUCUCAUUGCACAUAGAACUCCCUACCCCGCCCAGCCGGAGCAAAUAUGUCCAGGUUGAGGAUAUCAUAUUCGCCAUGAAGAUGGCACUGCGAAACGGCGCACCCCGUCGCGCUACGCAAAUCUACCAACGGGCUGUCCACUCCAAUAUGCCCUUCUCCCCACACGCUCUACAACUCGCCGUACAGGCACACCUAACCUGGGCACCCGCCGAUUUCAGCGGUGCAUACACCCUCCUCCGAAAGGCCCAAGCCAAAGGCGAAGACAUCACCCAAACAAUCAACUACCUCCUCGCCAAACAACUCACCAGCAUCACCUCCCGCGCCGCCGGCCCGGAACAAGCCAACGCCCUCAUCCAAGAAACCCUCACCCACUACCACCAAGCCAACAUCCGCAUUACCGAGACCUCCCUGCACCGCGCCGCCAGCCUCUGCCUCGCCGCCGGCCACCCCCGCGGCGCCAUCCACUACGCCCUCAGCGCCGCCAGCGAGCGCCGCGCCGCGCCCUGCUUCAACCUGCAGAACUUCAAGCUCUUGCUCGCCGCCUACGCCGACCUGCUCGACGCCGACGCCCUGCGCGAUACCAUCUCCCGCGGGCUUGGUAGCUUCUAUAGGGAAGAUGGCGCGUGUCGUACGGCGCUGAGGCAGGCGCGUGCGAGGGUGGGGCGGUCGCAGGCUGCUGCCAUUGGUGGUAGUAGUAGUAGUAGUGGUGGUGGUGGUGGUGUGGGGGGGGCGUCUUCCCUGGAGGAGAGGAAGAUGCGGGCGAGGGCAGUGGUGGAUGAGGGGAUCAGGCGGGUUGUGCAAGCGAGGCGGGAACUGAGGGAGGAAGGGAAGCUGCUGGAGGCGGAGGCGGUGAGGAUUAUGAGGAGGGCUGCGCUGGAUGCGGGGAGGGAGGAGGUGGAUUUUGCGGAGGUGCCGUGGUUGGGUGGGAGGAAGAAGAUGGAGGGUGCUCCUGCUGCCGGUGGUGGUGGAGGUCAUGGUCAUGGUGAAAGGGGCAGGGUUGAGGGGGUGGAAGAUGGCGUUGAUGAUUUUUACGGGGAUUUGGAACGGAUAUUGCUAGAGGCUCCCCCUCAGACGGCGGUUGAAGCUUUCUAG